AUGAAGAGUUCAAAAAGGUCCAUCUCUCGCCAUGUUGUAACGCUGAACAACGAGUCAUCAACUGGUGGGUACAGCCAAGUGGGUACCUCUCUUGAUGCCAUCAGAAAUCGGAUUCAAUGUGGAUUCAUGUGUAAAUGGAACGAAUCAAAGGUUUUUCUGUAUAAUACUCCAACCAGUGUUCAUUUGAAGAAGAUUGCUCUUUCUUCAUGGACCGGAGAAGAAUUAAGGACAUUCCUCACUCAGAAAUCACUUCUCCGAAUUCUCAACAACAUUUCAUCAGAGACUCAACUCUCCCAAAUAUUCACUACAGACAAGACUCAAUCUCUUUAUGAUUGUCUGAAGGAUCUUUUAGAGUAUUGUUAUUGCUCUCGAUCUAGAGUAUCGAUUUUUCAAAACCUCCACAAAUUAUCGACGUGCUGCUCACAAGCACUUGUAACACAACAACAGGCGAGAGGUCCCAGCAUGAUGAUGGACGAUGAGUAUGAAAUGAUCAUACACUCUCAUGUGGUACAACCAGUCAUUAUGAAUCAUCAGACUGACAUUCGUACCACGAUUCAACAAGUUUCUGUUCAAAAUUUGAUGAAAAUCUUUUUGGAAUUAUCUCAAAUGGAUGCUGUGGAAUUGGUGAGUGCUUUACAAGAAAUGUUAAUGCAAUGUCCUUUGGAAUCACAGUGA